AUGGAUCCUUUCUCAGCAGAGGGCGAGCUCCUCAACAUCCACAAUGCCUUCCACUCCGGUCAAUACCAGUUCGUGAUCGACUUCGACACCGCCGCUCUCUCCCCCGAGAACCAGCUCCCCGCCCGCGUGUUCAAGCUGCGCGCUCAGAUUGCCCAAGGGCAAGCCAACGAGGUCUUGGCUGCCGUCUCCAGCGAGGAGGACACCCCCGAUCUCGCCGCCAUCAAAGCGCUGGCCCAGCAGGCUGCGGGCAAGACCGACGCCGCCCUGCGGCUCGCUCAGGAUCUUGCCGAGAACUACCCGGAUAAUUUUACUGUGCAGUUUGUCUGUGGCACAGUGCUACAGGCGCAGGACCACAGCGAGGAGGCCCUCGCGCUGCUGUCGAAGCAUCAGGGUAGCCUUGAAGCUGUCGCCUUGAUUGUCCAAAUCCACCUCCAACAAAACCGCACCGACCUUGCCUUGAAAGAGGUCCAGGCUGCCAAGCGUUGGGCCCAGGACUCGCUGCUAGUCAACCUGGCCGAGUCGUGGGUUGGCUUGAGAGUUGGUGGUGAGAAGUACCAAUCCGCCUUCUACGUCUACGAAGAACUCGCCUCCGCCCCCAGCACCACCGCCCCGCUGUCCAUCGUCGGCCAGGCCGUCGCAGAACUCCAUCUGGGCCGCGUACCAGAAGCCGAAGCUGCCUUGACCGCUGCAUUGGAGAAAUACCCCGAGGACGCAGAGUUGAUCGCCAAUUCCAUCGUGUUGAACGUGUUGGCAGGCAAGCAGACCGCAGACCUGGAAUCCCGACUGCAACAUGCCCAACCUUCGCACGCUCUCCUCGCCGAUAUCCAGGAGAAGAGCGAGUUCUUCGACACCGCGGCGGCCAAGUACUCGCCCAAGGUGUCAUCGUAG